AGCGGGAGCGGAGAUGCUGCUUGCCCGCAGCCGCCUGGGGCUGCUGCUCCUCGGGGCACUCCUCACUGUCCUCCUGUUCCUCUGGCUGCCGGCCGCCCGGCGCUCCCGGCCUGACCAGGGGCAGCAGGGCUGGCGGGCGGCCAACGGCACCGUGCGCACGGGGAUGGCUGCGGGCGAGCUCCCCGUGUUCUACAGGGAGGUUCCCGCAGCUGCGGGCCCCGGGAGGCCCGAUGUCCUGUUCCUGCACGGCCAGGCGUUCACCUCCAAGACGUGGGAGGCCUUGGGCACGCUGGCACUGCUCGCUGGAGAAGGCUACCGUGCGGUCGCAAUAGAUCUGCCUGGCUACGGGGAUUCGCCCCCAGUGGACAUGGUGGUGACAGCACAGGGCCGGAGGGAUUUCCUGGACCAUGUCCUCCGGGAGCUGGGCAUGCAGAGGCCUGUUCUCGUCAGCCCCUCCAUGAGCGGCCGCUUUGCCCUGCCCUUUCUCCUGGCACACGGGGACCAGCUGGCUGGCUUUGUGCCCAUAGCACCCGUGGGCACCAAGGACCACACUGCUGAGCAGUACCGGCGAGUCCAGACACCCACCCUGAUCCUGUAUGGUGACCGUGACACCAGGCUAGCUCCCCAGGCGCUGCAGAACCUCCAGCACCUCCCUGAGCACCGUGUGGCCGUGCUGGCUGGUGCUGGCCAUGCCUGCUACCUGGACAAGCCAGAGGACUUCCAUCGGGCCCUGCUGGGCUUUCUGCGCCAGCUGAAGUGAGCACUGCCUCCUCCCUGCCAAGCAGAGGGGCUGGGGCGUCCCGAGGGACUGGGAGGCACAAACAGCUGGCAUGAGGGGUGCUGUUCCCUCCGGGCAUAUUCCCAUCACGGGCGGGGGGACGACUGGAGUUGUCCCUUGCCGGCAGGACAGGGUGUCGUCUGUCACGAGGCCAAUAAACUGAUGCUGCUCUGGUUUC